AUGUCGUCGAAUCGUUUGCAGCCACCCGUGCGCCAGAGACGUACGUCCUCUGUUGGGGCAAUUAAUCUCGGGGACACAAAAGUCCCGGGGCUUUCAACGAUGAAGGAAAGCCAGGAGUCGAAAACAGCCGCUCAGGCUCGCAUGCGUGCCCUUUCCGAGUCAUCGAAAGGCGACGCUGACCUAUUGUGGAAAUUCAUGCUCACGUACCGUGAAAUGAGCUACAGACAUACGUGGCUCACACCACUGAUCCUGUUGUUAGUGGUUUAUGGGGCGUAUUUCACUUCAGGUAAUUUGACGGAGUCCAAUCCUCUGCAUGCAUUUGUGGCUAUCUCAUACCAGGUCGGUGACACUGAUGAGUAUGGCAAGGGUAUCCGUGACCUGUGCUUUGUGUUUUUCUACAUGAUUUUUUUCACCUUUCUGCGCGAGUUCUUGAUGGAGGUCGCCUUGCGCCCUCUCGCCAUUUCCCUUGGUAUGACUGGCAAACAGAAGAUCAAGCGUGUCAUGGAACAAACCUAUUCCAUUAUCUACUACGGAAUCUCGGGACCUUUCGGUCUCUACAUCAUGUAUCAAACAGAUCUUUGGUUGUUUGCUACCUCUAGCAUGUACGCGACGUACCCUGACCUAACAAAUCCGUUCCUGUACAAGGUCUUUUACCUGGGCCAAGCCGCCUUUUGGACCCAACAGGCAUGCGUUUUGGCACUCUUACUCGAAAAGCCAAGAAAAGAUUUCAAAGAAUUGGUCUUUCAUCACAUCAUAACUUUGGCUUUGAUUUGGCUCUCAUACGUCUUUCACUUUACCAAGAUGGGGCUUGCCGUAUACAUCACCAUGGAUGUCUCCGAUCUUUUCCUUUCUCUCUCAAAGACCUUUAACUACAUGGAUUCUGUUUUGACACCGCCAUUCUUUUUCCUAUUUGUGGCAAGCUGGACCUAUUUGCGCCACUAUGUUAACAUCAAAAUAUUGUGGUCUGUUCUUACUGAGUUCCGCACUGUGGGAAACUAUACCCUGAACUUUGCCACUCAGCAGUACAAGUGCUGGAUUGCGCUGCCCAUCGUCUUCACUUUGAUUUUUGCUCUCCAAAUGGUAAACCUCUACUGGCUCUUUUUGAUUUUGAGGAUUCUAUAUCGUCUAAUUUUCAAGGGCAUUCAAAAGGAUGACAGAAGCGAUACAGAAUCAGACGAAGAGCAGGAAACCUCUGGGAAUUCAGUCGCUGCAGGCAAGAAAGAUGCGCCAUCUGGAAAAGCUACAAAGAAAGAGGAUUGA